UGUCUACGACUCUUCAGUCUUCUUCACUCACUCUUUGAAGCCUGCGUUAGUCUGGCUCCAUUUUGGUGUGAUCGAAGCAAAGAGUAUCAUCCAUUUUGCUACAGAUAUAGUCCCAAUGAGUGUGAGUGGAUACAAAUCGGAUGACGAAUACUCUGUAAUCGCAGACAAGGGAGAGAUUGGAUUUAUUGACUAUCAGAAUGAUGGAUCUGCUGGUUGCUACAAUCCAUUUGAUGAAGGUCCAGUUGUUGUUUCGGUUCCUUUCCCUUUUAAGAACGAGAAGCCUCAAUCGGUUACUGUUGGAGAGACUUCUUUUGAUUCCUUCACUGUCAAGAACACUACGGAUGAGCCUGUUGAUCUCUGGACUAAAAUCUAUGCAUCUAACCCCGAGGAUUCGUUUACUCUCUCGAUCUUGAAACCGCCGUCGAAACAUUCUGAUAUUAAAGAGAUACAGUGUUUUUAUGAAACUUUUACUCUGGAAGACAGGAUGCUUGAACCUGGUGACACUUUAACUAUUUGGGUUUCUUGUAAGCCCAAGGACAUCGGUUUACAUACCACUGUUGUUACUGUUGACUGGGGAAGUGAUAGAGUUGAGCGGGUUGUUUUCCUUUUGGCUGAGGAUAAGAUAUCGAGUUCUCUGACUUCUAAUAGGCCUUACUCAAGAAGUAAGAGGGCUCCGAAGAAAGAUUUUGCUGUGGAUGAUUAUGUCAUGGGAUCACGACCUUCAAAGGUGGUAGAACAACGUAGGUUUAAAAAUAGGCUUCCUCGGUAUGAAAUUCCAAAGGAGAUUAGAGAGAUGAUCGAGAAUAAACAAGUCCCCGAUGAUUUGAACGAAGGUCUUACAGCAAGGAACUAUGCAAACUACUAUAAAACUUUAUUGAUUAUGGAAGAAAUACAACUCGAGGAAGACAUGCGAGCUUAUGAUAUGGAAAAUGUUUCUAUGAGGAGAAGGGGUAUCUAUUUGUCUCUCGAAGUUCCUGGCCUUGCUGAGAGAAGACCUUCCCUUGUCCAUGGAGACUUCAUCUUUGUAAGACAUGCCUAUGAUGAUGGAACUGACCAUGCUUAUCAGGGCUUUGUACACCGCGUAGAGGCGGAUGAAGUACAUUUGAAGUUUGCCCCUGAGUUCCACCAACGCCACACAGCUGGGAGUGUCUAUAAUGUGAGGUUCACAUACAAUCGAAUCAACACUAGAAGGUUGUAUCAGGCUGUUGAUGCGGCAGAAAUGUUGGAUCCAAACUUCCUUUUCCCAUCCUUGCACUCUGGGAAAAGGAUGAUAAAGACAAAACCCUUCGUGCCCAUUUCACCAGCUCUUAAUGCAGAGCAGAUUUGUUCCAUUGAAAUGGUUCUUGGCUGCAAAGGAGCACCACCAUAUGUAAUCCAUGGACCUCCUGGUACUGGGAAAACCAUGACUUUGGUGGAGGCUAUAGUUCAACUUUAUACGACACAGAGAAAUGCUCGGGUUCUUGUCUGUGCUCCCUCCAAUAGUGCAGCUGAUCAUAUUUUAGAGAAGCUCCUUUGUCUAGAAGGAGUUCGCAUCAAGGACAAUGAGAUUUUCAGGCUGAAUGCAGCUACUCGCGCAUAUGAAGAAAUCAAGCCUGAGAUUAUCCGCUUUUGCUUCUUUGAUGAGUUAAUUUUCAAGUGCCCGCCUCUCAAAGCUUUGACUCGUUACAAACUCGUUGUGUCAACUUAUAUGAGUGCAUCCCUUCUUAACGCAGAAGGUGUAAAUCGUGGUCACUUCACUCAUAUUUUCUUAGAUGAGGCUGGUCAAGCUUCAGAGCCUGAAAAUAUGAUUGCUGUAUCAAAUCUCUGCCUUACAGAAACUGUGGUUGUGCUUGCUGGAGAUCCAAGGCAGUUGGGUCCGGUUAUAUACUCAAGAGAUGCUGAGUCACUAGGCUUGGGGAAAUCAUACUUGGAAAGAUUGUUUGAGUGUGACUAUUACUGCGAAGGGGAUGAGAAUUAUGUAACGAAGCUAGUCAAGAACUACAGAUGCCACCCAGAGAUUCUUGAUCUCCCGUCAAAGCUCUUCUAUGAUGGAGAACUGGUAGCUUCCAAAGAAGACACAGACUCUGUUCUUGCCUCGUUAAACUUUCUUCCGAACAAAGAAUUUCCAAUGGUUUUCUAUGGGAUCCAAGGAUGCGAUGAGAGGGAAGGUAACAAUCCGUCCUGGUUCAACCGUAUAGAGAUCAGCAAAGUUAUAGAGACAAUCAAGAGAUUAACAGCGAAUGACUGUGUGCAAGAAGAGGAUAUCGGAGUUAUAACUCCUUACAGGCAGCAAGUAAUGAAGAUCAAGGAGGUUCUGGACAGGUUAGAUAUGACUGAAGUCAAAGUUGGUAGUGUAGAGCAAUUCCAAGGUCAAGAGAAACAGGUAAUUAUCAUUUCAACUGUUAGAUCUACUAUCAAACACAAUGAGUUCGAUAGAGCCUAUUGUCUGGGCUUCCUGAGUAAUCCAAGGAGGUUUAAUGUCGCCAUAACCCGUGCAAUCUCUCUGCUAGUGAUCAUCGGAAACCCACAUAUCAUAUGCAAGGACAUGAACUGGAACAAGCUUUUGUGGCGAUGUGUGGAUAACAAUGCUUACCAAGGAUGCGGUUUACCAGAGCGGGAGGAGUUUGUGGAGGAACCAUUCAAUCAAGAAGGAAGCAGCAAUGGGCCUCAAUACCCUCCAGAAGCUGAGUGGAACAACAGUGGAGAGCUCAACAAUGGUGGUGCGAAUGAGAAAGGACAAUGGUCUGAUGGGUGGAACAACAAUACCGACACAAAGGAAAAUAAUGAAUGGUCUGAUGGAUGGAACAACAAUGGCGGUGGGACAAAGAAGAAGGAUGAAUGGUCUGAUGGGUGGGACAACAGUGGCGGUACAAAUGGGAUCAAUCAAGAAGGAAGCACCAACGCUCCUCAAUACCCUCAAGAAGCCGAGUGGAACGAUAGUGGCGAGGUCAAGAAUGGUGGCACAAAGGAGAAAGGUGAAUGUUCUGAUGGGUGGAACAACAAUGGCUCCACAAUGGAGAAAGAUGUCUGGUCUGAUGGGGGAAACAACAAUGGUGGAACACAGGGAAAAGAAGAAUGUUCUGAUGGUUGGAAAAACGGCGGCAGUGGUGAAGAGAUCAAGAAUGGUGGUAAAUUUGAAACCGGAGGUGAUUUUGUAGCCAAGGAAGAAGAUGAGUGGUCUGAUGGGUGGAAGUAAAUUAAAAAAAAAAAAAACAGGGUAAUAAGGGAAAAAUGUUCGUGGAUGGACCAAAGGUUGUUAUUUUGAAUUUGUUCAUAUAUUCUUGUCUAUCUCUGAACCUUUGGUUUUUUUUGCAGAGUCUCAUUUUAAAUGCAUUAUUGGUGUGUAUAACAUUAUGGAAACUGUUUUAUUAAUAUUUAAUAGGGCUAUCAAA